UCGACGUCAGCUUGAGGCCUAGCAGCUUACCAAACGUUCUUCCGAUUCUCUGAUCUUCCGUCCAUCUAUUUUUCAUCUCAGGGCUCAAGCCUUGGUCUUCUUACUGGAUUUGUUUAUUUCUCCAUCGCACUCAAAACCCUAAUUUGUGUUGGUCAGUCCAGAAGGGUAUCAGAACUCUUUAAUAUCCUGUUAUAGCAACCAUGUGGAAUCGCCUUGUAGGUAAACCUAAAAACGAAACCAAUACUCUGACGACUCUGGACAAGUUAAACGAGACGCUUGAAAUGCUAGAAAAAAAGGAGAAUCUUCUUGCUAAAAAAGUUGCAGCAGAGGUUGAGAAGGCCAAAGAUUAUACUCGAGCGAAGAACAAAAGGGCGGCCAUACAAUGUUUGAAGAAGAAGAGGCUGUAUGAACAGCAAAUAGAGCAGCUUGGAAAUUUCCAAUUGCGUGUUCAUGAUCAGAUGAUAAUGUUGGAGGGUGCUAAGGCCACCACAGAAACAGUAGAUGCAUUGAGAACCGGAGCAUCUGCUAUGAAGGCUAUGGCAAAAGCAACGAAUAUUGAUGAUGUUGACAGGACCAUGGAUGAGAUCAAUGAACAGACUGAGAACAUGAAACAGAUUCAAGAAGCCUUGGCAACUCCAAUUGGCGCAUCUGCUGACUUUGACGAGGACGAAUUGGAAGCAGAACUUGAAGAGCUGGAGGGUGCUGAGUUGGAAGAACAGCUUCUUCAGCCAGCAACUACAGCUCCGGCAGCCCCUGUGCAGGUCCCAGCUGGGCGGCAGCCUGCUCACCCUGUGCCUCCACAGAAGCAAACUGCUGAGGAAGAUGAACUGGCUGCUUUGCAGGCUGAGAUGGCACUUUAAGCUGGGAACCUUUAGUACGGAUUAGAUUAGCAGUAUGAUUAAUGUGAAAGUUGAGAAGGCUUUUAUACACGCCAUGUCAUUUUCAUGUUCUAUAUAACAUCAAAUGGAAUCGCUUGUAUAUCAUAGUAUGAAUAAGAUUGCUCAUUUUGAAA